AUGAAAUGUAAUCAACCUGUAAAACAAUCAAAUCAAUCACAAUCUCAUAUUACAAAUGAUUAUAACUUUGAUAAAAUUGAUUAUGAUCGUGUUGAGGAAAUCAGCUCUAAAGUUAAUAGAAACAUUAUUGAUGAUGACAAAUCUCGUGUUAAUAAUAAUGAAGAUUCUGUUGAAUUACAGGUUAUCCGAAAACAACUGCAUUUAAUGAAAAUAGAUAAAGAAUAUUUUUUGAAACAGCUAUCGAAUCUUCGUAUUCAGUUAUCAACAGCUGAAGAAAAAAUUGCUUCGCAACAAAAAUUAAUUAUUGAAUUAGAAAAUAAUUCAAAUCAAAUGAAUAAAACUAAUUAUUUCUCUAAUGAAACUCAAUUACCAUUAGAUUUGAAUGCAACUAUUAAAAAUCAAACUGGUGAAUUAAGCAAAUUAAUUCAAAGUGAAUUUGAACGAUUAAAAUCUAUUGAUCAAGAAAUACAUAACAAAGAGAUUAACUUUCUUCGAGAACAAAAAGAAAACGCCAUAUCUGCAUAUACAAAUUUAAAAUCACAAUUAAAAGAAACAGAAUGUUUGUUAAAUCAAUAUAAAGAAAAGAUUGACGAAAUGAAAAGUUCUAAUAAGUAUUUGAAUAAUGAAUAUGAUAAUCAAUUGCGUGAACAAAUUAAAACAGCAAUGAUCAAUUUAGAAGUUGAACAAGCUGCUAGAAAAGAUGCAUCUUUAGAAGUUGAAAAACUUAAUGCUCAAUUAGAUGCUAGUAAAAAACUAUACUAUGAAUUAGAAUCUCGAUUCAAUCAAGAGAAAACUGUUUGGAAAAUAAAAGAGGAAAGCUAUGAAAAGAGAUUGCAUUUAUGUGAAAUAACUGAGAAAGAAAUGAAUGAAAUAUUAUUAGACAUACACUGUGAUAGUCCCAAAUUAACUAACAUCCCAGCAUUUUCUAAUGAUUUAUGCUCCAAGUCGAAGAUAAAUACUGUUAAUUUACUCAAAACUAUACAAAAAUUGAAAUUGGAAGUUAGUAAUCUUCAAAGCGAACUUGUCAAAAAGUGUCAAGAAAUUGAAGAAUUAAACAAAAGUAUGAGUUGGAAGUCUAUAACUAAUCAGCCAACUAACUGUUUAUAUCAGACAAUAUCACAAAAAGAUAAUCAAAUUCAUUCAUUAUGCAGUCAGUUAGCAGAUAUUGAAAGAAAAUCAUUACUGUACAAAGAAGAAAGGGAUAAAUUAGCAUCCGAACGUAAUUUACUUUGUGAAGAUUUAGAACGUCUUUUAACAAGGAGACAGAGUUUAACUAAACUACGUGAAUUUAUUAUUUCUUUAUUACAACAAAUACAAUCUAAUUCAAAUGUUAAUUUGAACAAAUAUGUAAAUCAUUUCAAUGAAAAUAGAAUUGAUAAUUCAUUAUUAAAUAGAUUAAUUCUAUCAAACAACAAUAAAAAUAAUAAUGAUAAUCGAAUUUCUAAUAUUCAUCAACAAGUUUAUGAUAUUAUACGUUCUCCAUAA